UUGAUCUGUCACAACAAACCGUACUGAAAAUGCUGCUCGGUCCAAGGUUGUGUAAUUGUUCAGUGCAAAAAUCGACAUAAAACCCGUUUAAAAAUCGUCCCUACACAUCGCGUUCAUCUAGGAAGAGAGUAAUGCAUACAGAUUUAUCGCCCCAUCUACAUUCAACUGAAUGCAAUCUAAUUAUCGAAGAGCUGAAAAAGUGCCACUCGGAGAACAAAUUUGCCAAAUUUUUGGGCAUCUGCAAUGAUCUCGAUCGGCAAAUGAUUGUGUGCUUGCGGAAUGAACGUAAAACGCGCCAGAAACUGAACCGUGAAAAAGCACUGGAAAAGCAGAAACGGGUGCAGCAGCUAAUGCGAGAACAGCAGGGAUGAUGACCACCACGCCGGACGAUUACUGGUACGAAGAGGAUGUGCAGGAAAUCGGUGGCAUUAAAGUUCCCUCAAUACUGACCGAUUUCAUCGAGAACCAACCACCGAUAGUAGACCGCUUCUACACGAAGCUAUACCACGUACCGGCCAACAAGCCCGACGAACCCCAGCAGAUACUAUUCCACUCCAAUCGAAUAUGUUUGGUGGGGCUAGCGAAGGAACAUGUUGCAUUUGAGAAGGGCAUCCGGAGCAUAAGCUUCGAGGUGGGCAAAUUCGAUCGCAGUGAGAACAAGGUGUCGGGUCGAAAGAAGAGCGGUGGAAUGAUUCUGCAGGCCGAUUCUACGCUGGCCUUGGUGACGUGUGCGGACGAUAGUGUGUACAAGGUAAGAUCUUGUGUGCAGGGUAAAUUGGUGGAAGUUAAUGAGCGUGUGGUGGGUGAUCCGGAAAUAAUGCGUGUCAGUGGUGAGGGGUACGUGGCGAUAGUGAUGCCCAAGAUAGAGCAUUGUGAUGCGCUAAAGGAACGAUUGUUGAGCGAGGAAGCGUACCGGAAGACGAGGGAAGCUGAAUAAAUGUUGUCGUUAAUUGUAGGUAAAUUUUGACGCCUUUUGAAA